UUUAAAUUCAAGAAGCAAAUGAGCACAACUUGGAACUUAAGCAUUUUCAUGUGAAUAAUGGUCAUGCGAUUGUUGCUGAUAUUUCUGACAAUUGUGGAAAUCGUGACAGGUGCAUCAUGGGAACAGAAACCAACCGAUGUCUCUGCAUUAAUUGGUAGUACUGUCACAUUAAGAUGUAAAGUUGUGGGUGAUCCUGGUUUUGUGACGUGGAAUACAAAUGGUAAUACACUUGCCGUGGGAACCAGUAUAGUAUCAAGUGAUACUCGUAUUACUGUACCGUUAGCUUCUAAAUUUAAUUUUCAGAUAACCAAUGUGCAAAAAGGCGACGAUGGCGAUUACACGUGUAAUGUACAAAAUAUACAGCCAGACUCUCAGAAAGCUGUGACUGUUCACCUGACUAUUCUAGGUAACUCAGGAUCUACAUACAUUCUGAGUGGGUCUACUGUUUUUUUGCACUAUUAGUAUGCUUUUUGAAAAGAUCGAGUAUAUUUUGAAGAGAGAAAAAGAAAGAGUUUUAUUUUUCUUGUUGUAUAUAGUUGCUAUGAGAAGUUGUGUAGGUUUAGAAAUUUUUAU